AUGGCUGACUACGACGGAACCAUUACCAAGCUAAUUCCCAAACACACAGCUCCCAAGAUUCUGUGCUGUCACUGUGGCAAUGCCAUGGUGAUGCGAAACGACAGCACAUCUGGAGAGGCUGGUAAGAUCAAUCUGGGAGUGGCCAAGAACUCGGGAGCCGCUCUGUGCGACGACUGUAUCAUGGCCCAGAUCGACAUUACUGAAAACAUUCCCAAGAGCGCCGCCGAAAACAUUCUGACCAUUUGCAAGAAUUGCGCCAAGGUCAGCUGUCCUCCUGGCCGGGCGUGGAUCAUUGCGCCCCAGGAAAGCAGAGAACGUCUGGCUCUGUGUCUGAAGAAGAUCAAGGGUCUGACAUCUUCGGAGGUACGGCUUGUGGACGCACAGUUUCUGUGGACCGAGCCUCACAGCAGGCGUAACAAGGUCAAGGUGACUGUUCGAGGCGAGUCCCCUCAAUUCCCCAACAUUACUGUCCAGCAGGAUUGUGUCGUGGAAUUCACAGAGGGAAGUGGCCAGUGUCCCGACUGUGCCAAGAGUUUCACAGCCAACAAGUGGACGGCACAGGUGCAGGUGCGACAAAAGGUGGACCAUAAGAAGACUUUUUUCUACCUUGAACAGCUCAUUCUCAAGUCACGAAUGGACGACGAGUGUAUCUCCAUCGAGGAGGCAAGAGAGGGUCUCAACUUUCUGUUUGCCUCCAAGCAUGCUGCUGCUCGGUUUUCCGAGUUUGUCGGCUCAGUGGUGCCCUGCAGAAUCAAGCAGUCUGAAGAGCUGGUGAGUACAGAUACUCAUACCGGCCACUCCACCUUCAAGUUUACUUUCUCCAUCGACAUUGUUCCCAUCUGUCGAGAAGACCUGAUUGUGUUGAGCAAAAAGCAGGCCACUCAGAUUGGUCUGUACAAAUCCCGAGUGGUUCUGUGCUACAAGAUCGGAUCGACCAUUCAUUUGAUCGACCCCAACUCGCUGCGAACUGCUGAUGUCACUCAGCAGCAAUUCUUCCGGGACCCCUUCACUCCUGUGGUCACCUCUACUAGCGGAGGAAAGUCGUUGACUAAGUUCAUGGUUCUGGACUGUGAGAUCAUUCUGGAUCCCUCCGUGGACGUGACCGAAUCCUUUUCGCAUGUCUCUGCCAAGCACAAGCUUGCAGAGGUGACGUUGGCUCGAGAGUCCGAUCUCGGCGUCAACGACCAGCAGUAUGUCAUUCGAACACACAUUGGCGCCAUUCUGCAGCCUGGAGACACCGCUCUAGGAUACUUUAUGGGUAACACAAACGUCAACCACGAUGAGUGGGAGAGCAUUCCCGAAGAGCAGCGUCCCGAUGUUGUCUUGGUGAAGAAGUACUACGGCGAGAAGAAGAAAUCUAAGAAGAGCCGAAACUGGAAGCUGCGACGAAUGGCCACCGAGUAUAACGAGGCCGACGACAACCAGAAGAACGCCCAUCCUUCUGCACCUGGAGGAGCCGAGUACGAGGAGUUCCUCAACGAGCUGGAGCAGGAUCCCGAGCUCCGAGGCCAGAUUGACAUGUACGCCAAGGAUGUUGAGAACGGUACUGAAGAAGGAGAUGAGGAUGGAGACGAGGAUGGAGAUGAGGAUGACGGAGACUACGAUGAUGAGCUGGACGUCAAGCUGGACGAGCUCAAAUUGGAGGACAUGGAUGAGGAGCAUGUGGUUGAGGAAGAGGAGGUCAAGGAGGAGUAA